AUGCCAAGCGAGCCGCGGAGAAGUCGUCGGUCAUCAUUAGAGAAAGCUUCGCCGACGAACUCCCAGAGCUGCGAACAAUUGCCUAGUAGUUGCAACGCAUCCAAAUCAACGUCCCCCGUCAAGGCUUUGUACAGUCUGCCCGAGAGGCUGUCGGAGAGCUCCGACCACAUAGACGCCGGCGAGAGCGAGAAAUCGCCCCGCAGGUGUCGAAGCUGCGAGGGCAUAUUAGAAGCAGACGAGAAGGCGCACGCGCAGAUCCCUUUGCCCACGCCCUUAGACGCUGCCACGCAAACGAAGAGGAAGAAGAACUUCAUGGACAGAUGCGUGAACAAAGUGAGACUUUGC